AUGGCAGACGACACGACAGCCGACGAAGAGCCAUCGUACAUUGACUACGAAACCUUUCUCGACCCUGAUUUCUCCCCCGCUUCUUUUGCGAAUACACUCGUCGUCUCGACCAAUAACGCCAACGAUACACCUCUCGACCUUUCCACGCCCCUAUCUCGUGUUCUGUUCGAUGCUCAAGAGAUUGAUUCGCACAUCGACGUCCUAACGACUCGCUCCGCUGUCCCGCUUCUCGACUACACCCAACAACAGACCCAAGCCUCCAAGAACAUUGUCGGCGAAUUAGAUGGCCAGAUUCAGAGUCUGAAUGACAGCUACCGCCAGCUGGAGAAGGAGGUGAUCGACAAACAUGCCGAAGCAGAUGAGGUUCGGCUUGUAGCUCUGCGACUAUGGGAGACCUUGAAGCUUGGUCGCUCUGUUGGACGGUGCUUGCAACUCGGUCGACAGCUUGAAGUUCAGCAUGCGGAGCUGGACAAUGGCUCUGGAAAAGAGGACCACCGAGCUCUCGUACGAUGUGCUUAUACAAUCCUGUCUUUGAAAGAAGUUCUUGAUCGCAAAGGUCCUGGCGAGGAAGGCUUCGGACUGAACCGUGUCGACGCCGUUAAGAGUCUACAGGAUACGGUCAUAACUCCCAUUGACCGAUCGGUUCGCGAGCGGGCGGAACGUAUCAUCCGCGAGUUCUCGAUUCAGCAAACCUCGACAUUCGCACAGGUCGAGGAGAUCAAGGCCCGGACGGCAUCUGCCAUGACUACGCUUUACCUGCUAUCGCCAACUGCUGGUUUGAAGGCAGAUAAGUGGGUUCCGCGGUUAAUGCUUCAGUCUCUGGAGACAUACAUACGAGCGGCAAUGCAAGCUAGCAUUACGUCUUUGUCACGGUCUUUGGGUCAACUCCCAACUCUGGACAAGGCAUUGUUAGAUGUUAUGGCCAAGUGCCAGAAUGUAGUCUCCCUUGAGGCUGUUCUUGAAACAACAAAACCACCGGCGCACCCUCUCCUCCCCGCCUCAAACCAGCCGAGCCAAUCGAGUCUACUCCAUUUCCUCCUCGCGUAUCUUGAGACGGGCAGCCUUGCCUCAUUCUUCUGGAGGACUAUGGCCAGCAGCCUUGCGACACGUGUGCAGGACAUCAUGAACCGUGGAGGCGUCGUGGCUAGAACCCUACGAACGAAUAAGAAUACGGUUGGAGACGCCAUCCGUCAGGCUGUUAUCAAGGGAUCCCAGCUACAUAGUGCAUUGGCGGGAUCCAAGGGAAGAACGAAGGCAGAGGCGAACUGGGACCGGGAGGUAGCGGUCAUGGUAGGAAGUGUAGUGAACAAUCUCCGAUAA